AUUGUGUACAUGGGUGACCGUCCAAAGAGUGAAAUUUUUGCAUCAGAUCAUCAUGCCAACAUGCUACAACAAGUUCUUGGCAGUGAUGGAUCAGAUUCAAUGAUCUAUAGCUACAAAAGAGGCUUUAAUGGGUUUGCUGCUAAGUUGACCAAUGAGGAGAUGCUUAAGUUAGCUGACAUGGAGGGUGUGGUCUCUGUGUUUCCUAGUGAAAAGAAACAACUCCACACAACAAGGUCAUGGGACUUCAUGGGCUUCUCCCAACAAGUUAGAAGAAAUACUAUUGUUGAAAGCGAUAUCAUUAUUGGAAUGCUUGACACUGGAAUUUGGCCUGAGUCUGAAAGUUUUAACGAUGAACAAUUCGGUCCUCCUCCAACAAAAUGGAAGGGCAUUUGUCAAAAAUCUUCCAAUUUCACAUGCAACAAUAAAAUAAUCGGAGCUAGAUACUACCGUAGUGAUGGAUACUUUCCUCCAGAUAAUAUUAUUUCUCCAAGAGAUUCAGAAGGUCACGGUACUCAUACUUCAUCAAUAGCAGCAGGAAACUUAGUACAGAAGGCAACGAUGGCAGGACUUGCCCCAGGAACUGCUCGUGGAGGAGUUCCUUCUGCUCGCAUUGCUGUAUACAAGAUUUGUUGGUCUGAUGGUUGCGCAGAUGCUGACAUUCUUGCGGCUUUUGAUGAUGCCAUUGCUGAUGGAGUUGACAUAAUUUCAAUUUCUGUUGGAGGGUUUUAUCCAGUAGACUAUUUCAAUGAUACUAUCGCUAUUGGAUCUUUCCAUGCUAUGAAGCACAACAUCUUCACUUCAGCUUCUGCUGGAAAUUCAGGUCCGUAUCCUGCAACUGUCACCAAUUUCGCACCUUGGUUUCUAUCAGUAGCUGCCAGCACUAUUGACAGGAAAUUCUUUACCAACGUCAAGUUAGGAAAUGGAGCAACUUUCCAAGGAGUAUCAAUAAAUACUAAGUAUCUUAAUCACAAAAAGUAUCCUGUAAUUUAUGGUGGAAAUGCCCCAGAUAUCAAAAAUGGAUUCAAUGUGUCAAUAUCUAGGUACUGUGUUCAACACUCCUUGAACAAGGAAUUGGUGAAAGGGAAAAUUGUUCUUUGUGAUUAUAUUAGUACCGGAGAAACCGCAUCAGUUGCUGGAGCAAUUGGUACAAUAAUGCAAGAUGGUUAUUCCCAAGAUGUAGCAUACAAUUUCCCUUUACCGGCGUCACAUUUGAAUUUGAAUGAUGGAUUUGAUGUUUCAGAAUAUGUAAAUAGAACUCGAAAACCAACUGCAACAAUAUCCAAAAGCAUUGCAAAAAAAGAUGAGUUAGCCCCGUAUGUAGUUUCAUUUUCUUCGCGAGGACCUAAUCCUAUAUCGAAAGACAUUCUCACGCCUGAUAUUGCAGCCCCUGGAGUUAACAUCUUAGCAGCUUGGACAGAAGGUAACACAAUAACAGGAAUAUUUGGUGAUGACAGAAUACUUCCUUUCAAUACAAUUUCUGGCACAUCUAUGGCUUGCCCACAUGCAACAGCAGCUGCAGCCUACAUAAAGUCAUUUCACCCAACAUGGUCUCCUGCUGCCAUCAAGUCUGCUCUAAUGACAACAGGUAAGUCAGUUAAAGCAUUUGUUAGCCAAUUCUCUAUGCUCCUAUUCGGCAAAAUUAGUUCAUUUCCCAUGAGUGCUGAGAAAAAUCCACAGGCAGAGUUUGCAUAUGGAGCAGGACAUAUAGAUCCUACUGAGGCCAUUAAUCCAGGAUUAGUAUAUGAUAUUGGAGAGGAUCAAUACAUAGAAUUUUUAUGUGGACAAGGUUAUAGUACUAAACAAUUACAAUUUGUUACUGGUGACAAUAACAGUUGUUCUGAAGAACCAAAAACAACCUCUGCAGCUCUAAACUGUCCUUCAUUCACUUUGUCAGCCCCUUCCGGACAAUCGGUAGGCCGUGUCUUUCACAGAGCUGUUACAAAUGUUGGAUCAGCUAUUUCCACUUACAAAGCAAUUGUAAAAGCUCCAGAAAGUCUUAAGAUCAAUGUUUCACCUAAUGUGCUUUCUUUCAAGAAUUUUGGAGAGAAGAAAUUGUUUCGAGUUACAGUAACAGCAAAAGUGGGUAAUAGUUCAAUUUCUGGUUCUUUGAUUUGGGAUGAUGGAGAGCACAAAGUGAGGAGCCCUAUUGUUGCUUAUGUUUCUUCUUAAUGAUUCUUG